CCAUAAUUCCCACAGGAUUCUGCUCAAUGUGGCUGACAGACGUGCUCUCCACCGGGGAAUCUGUCAUUUUUUUACCAUAAGGUGAAGUGGAUAAUUAUAUUGUUACGCUUGUCGACGUAGUCAUGUAGCGAUGAUAAUUACCAGCAGUUCUUUUAGUAUUUGAAAUUAUCUCGCGAAUUUAGAGACAGAGAGUCGCUCUCUAAUGCCAUUGAACCAUCGAUUAGUUCGCAGAAGUGUUCCGAAGAUGACGACAACAGAUUUGCCGGGAAUAAUGGUGAUGAACGACUCGAAUUGCGCUAUUUGCGCAAUGGGUCCUCCUCCCAAUUUGAUUCUAUCCAUUCCACCUCCGCCCAUCCCCUCGUUUUUACAAUACGGAUCGGAGGUCCAUUCACAGACGGGGAUGCCCAUCGCGGGGGGAGUCAAUGGGACACUUUGCAAUCAUCAUUGCGAUUGGAAAGUUGAUGGCGUACAGUAUGUUGAGAUGCCGCAUCAAGGUAAUAGCAAUGGGAAUCUGUUCGAUGACACGUGGCUGCUGAUCCUCAUCCUCUCAUGCGUCGGGAUCAUUGUCGUCAGUGUUUUGUUGGUGAUUGUCCUGUUACGAUGCAAAUUCAAUACUAGUCAAAAAGGGGGUACAAUUUCGAUGCCGGCCGCAGCGAUAACCCAGCCGAAGAGCGCGCGCAUUCAGAAUGAGACGGUAUUGUAUCCGUGCACGGCGGACGGCAUGCAGGACAGCCGGAUAAUGUGGGCGACAUUAACGCCUCGAGGAACGACACGACAUUACCUCGAGGAUCACACGUACGAGACUGUGGGCAAUGGGAUGACGCCUAAACGCACGUAUCCAACGGCUCCCGUCGAAAAUAUUUACAUUGAACCGCCAGUUCCGUCGCCCGUGAGAUCGACACCGAAGGAGGAAAUUGCUUUCGAUAACACAGCAUUCGUCGAUUACGAAGAGCCACUGUCUAUCAAGGCGGAAUACUUUCAAUUGAAUGAUGUACUUGAGCCUAAUGAGUCAGAGCUCUACGGCUGUCAGCGAGAGACAUUUCGGCCCCGAGUGAGUUCUCCAACGAGGAUAGAGCACCCAAACCUGCCCCCCCUGAACCUCCACCCCCACAACCGCACGAUCCGCAAGAACUCGUCAAUCCAGCAAAUCGGUGCCGACACAAUCCUCAGAAAUAGUCUCGCCCUAGCCGCUUACACCCCCGACAUUUAAACAUUUUUUAUCAAAAUACUAAUCGCAAUGUUUUUUUUACAAUCGAAUGAAUGAAAGAACGAAUGAACUGACGAGAGGACUCACACUCUUUCUUCAAACUCAUUAUCAUCAACAAACUAUUGUACGUUAAUUGAUCAUGAUAACUAGCGAGUGAUAGAUUUGUCUAAUCUUAACUACAACAUUCGACAUUCGUAAAUAUUAAUAAUUCACUGUUCAACGGUUAAAAUGGAGUUCAUGGAGAUAAGCUUUAUCAGACGGCUGUUUCAACAAUUGUUUUUUUUUAUAUCUCGAAACGAUAAUUCAUUCUAUUUCAACUAUGACCAUAAAUCAUGUUGCUAUGUGUAAUCGUUACUAUUACUACAAGUAUUAUUACGAAUAAAAAAAAUUAAUUACCGAAAAA